CUUACGCGUGAAUUAGAGGAUAAUCAGCCACGUCACCUCUUUCUUCAGAUCACGAAAACCCCUAUAAAUACCAAGCAAAAACACUAGAUUUUCAAUUCCAUCACACAGCAUUCCAGAACCUGCUCUUCAGUUUCUUCGAUCUGAAGCAUUCACCACAGAUAAUAUAGAUAUGGAAGACUCGCGUCAAAUCAAGGUAGAGGAUAUAAAGGAAGAGAAGACUGAUCUGAAGAAUAAAUCGGUAGAGAAAGAGAGCCCAAAAUCUAAGGAAGAGAAGAAAAAGAAGGAUGAAGAUAAGUCAAACAAAAAGAAGAAAGAGAAGGAGGUGGAAGGAGAGGGAGAGAAGAAAGAAAAAGAUUUAGAAGAUAAAGGGGAGGAGAAGAAGAAAAAGAAGGGUAAGGAUAAGGAGGAGAAGGACAAAACUGAUGCAGAGAAGGGCAAGGAGAAAGAAGAUGAUCAGGAGGCGGGUGGUGAAGUGAAGAAGGAAAAGGAGAAGAAGAAAAAGGAAAAGAAGGACAAGGGAGAAGAAGAUGAAGGUAAGGAUGGUGAAGAGAAGAAGGAAAAGGAGAAGAAGAAAAAGGAAAAGAAGGACAAGGGAGAAGAAGAUGAAGGUAAGGAUGGUGAAGAAAAAAAGAAAGAUAAGGAGAAGAAAAAGGAAAAGAAGGAUGAUGGAAAGGACAAGACCAAGGAUGUUAGCAAGCUGAAACAGAAGCUUGAAAAGAUGAAUGGUAAAAUAGAAGCACUCCUUCAAGAGAAGGCAGAUAUAGAAAGGCAGAUAAAAGAAGCUGAAGUUGGGAGUCAUGUAGUGAAUGAGAAGGACAAGGAUGAGGCAUAGUAACCGUUUAGUAUAUGAAUAUACGUACUAACAUGCAUAAUAAGCAAUUUUGUUUGCACUUGAUGAAUGGUUUGUAUAAUAAAAUUGUCUUUUCAUUUGUGUGAGAAUUGAAGUGAUACAUGUUUGUGCA